UCUCUCCUCUCCAGUCAGGGCAGACAGACAGCCACCUGCAUCACCAGCAUCCUCAUCACACCGGCAACAUGAGCAUCACAGGCAGCAGAAGCACCCUCAGUGCCCGUAUGUCCGGCGGUCAGUACCGCUCAUCAUCCGCCAGUGUGGCCGGUGGCGCUAUACUUGGAGGGCUUAAAAUCUCCGGUGUCGGUUCCAGGUUUUCCGGUGCAGGUAUGAGCUAUGGUUUGGGUGGUGCUGGCUACGCUGCCGGUGCUGGCUACUCUGCCGGUGGUGGCUACAUCGGAGGCGGUGGCUACUCCGGCGGCGGUGGAGGUGGCGGGUUUGCCGACAGCUUUGACAUUUCCACCAACGAGAAGGCCACCAUGCAGAACCUGAACGACCGUCUGGCCUCCUACCUGGAGAAGGUCCGCAACCUGGAGAAGGCCAACGCUGAGCUGGAGCUGAAGAUCAGGCAGUUCCUGGAGAGCAAGGUCUCGCCUGCUGCCCGAGACUACUCAGCCUUCUUUGUCACCAUCGCCGAUCUCCAGGGCAAGAUCCAGGACGCCACCCGCAUCAAUGGCGCCAUCUACCUCUCCAUCGACAACGCCAAGCUCGCUGCUGACGACUUCAGGGUCAAGUAUGAGAACGAGCUGGCCAUGCGUCAGUCGGUGGAGGCUGACAUCGCGGGGCUGAGGAAGCUCCUGGAUGAGCUGACUCUGAUCAGAACCGACCUGGAGAUGCAGAUCGAGGGCCUGAGAGAGGAGUUGGUCUUCCUCAAGAAGAACCACGAAGAGGAGCUGCUGGCCAUGCGAGCCCAGAUGAGCGGCCAGGUCCAUGUGGAGGUGGACGCUGCUCCUCAGGAGGACCUCACCAAGGUUAUCGCCGAGAUCAGGGAGCACUACGAGUCUGUCGCUACAAAGAACCGCAGGGAUCUGGAGAGCUGGUUCCAGACCCAGAGUGAGGCGCUGAACAAAGAAGUCGCUAUCAGCACAGAAACCCUGCAGACAUCGCGGUCAGAGGUCACCGAGGUGAAGCGCACGCUGCAGAGCCUGGAGAUCGAGCUGCAGUCACAGCUGAGCAUGAAAGCGUCUUUGGAGGGCACGCUGGCUGAGACACAGAGCCGAUACGCCAUGAUGCUGACGGGCUUCCAGGCCCAGGUGACCAGCCUGGAGGAGCAGCUGGUGCAGCUGAGGGCCGACCUGGAGCGGCAGGGCCACGAAUACCAGAUGCUGCUGGACAUCAAGACCAGGCUGGAGAUGGAGAUCGCCGAGUACAGGAGGCUGCUGGACGGAGAGGCGAGCAGCAGCAUUUCCACCACCACCAGCUCCAGCACAACCCGCAAAGUGGUGACCAUCGUGGAGGAGGUGGUGGACGGCCAGGUGGUCAGCUCCUCCCAAGAGGUCAUCAACCAGACCCUGUGAGAUCCUGCAGGGGGCGCUCCUCUCAACACUGUCAAACUGCUGAUAACCUGACACCAACAACUCAAGAAAACAAAAAGCCAAAUAAAAAGUUUUGUGCAGUGUUGAAACUUCAAA